AUGGACAUCAAGAAGGAGGACUCUAAAAUCGAAAAGAUGAAUGCAGUGACGCACUCCGAAACAGUCACCAAAAAUGAAGCUGUCUCAGACUAUGACAUAAUCGCAAUGGACUUCAUCUCCAAGGAUGCUGAGUGGCAUGCUUACAAGACGAAGAAGUUGCUAUGGAAAGUUGACUUGAGAUUGUUGCCAUGGCUCAUCCUCAUGUACACGACCAACUUCCUCGAUAGAACAGCAUUGGCACAAGCACGGCUGGGGACGCUCGAGCAGAAUUUGGGACUGAAAGGCGUCGAGUACAACACCCUUACCUCGAUCCUCUUCAUCGGAUACAUCGUCUUUCAGUUGCCGUCCAACUUACUCCUGACUAAAGUCCGACCAUCAUUGUAUUUGUGCCUCAUGAUGGCUAUCUGGGGCAUGAUCUCAGCGUGUCAGUCAGUAACCCGGAGCUUUACCGGCAAAAUUGUCUGUCGUCUGUUCCUCGGUGCUGCUGAAGCCCCCUUUUUCUCAGGGGCAAUUUUCCUCAUGAGUUCUUGGUAUCGCGCAAACGAGCUCACGCAUCGAAUUUCCAUAUUAUACGCCGGAGUUGCGCUGGCCAACAUGUUCGGCGGCUUGAUCGCAGCCGGUGUUCUUUCUGAUCUGCAUAUGGCGCACGGUAUAGCAGGGUGGAGAUGGCUGCACUUCUUCCCCACCAUCGUCCAGUCCCUCGGCUACGGCAACACCCAGACUCUACUCCUAACUGUACCAGUUUGGUUUGCUACGCUGCUAGCGGUGCUGGGUGUAUCGUACAACAGCUCGCGCGUGCGCGACCGGGCGUGGCAUAUCCUGGGCUGCAUGCUCGUCGGGGCCGCGGGGAAUGUUCUAGUUGUUACGACGAACGGCAUCGGUCCGCGCAUGUUCGCAAUGUACCUAAUUCCUAUGGGUGUACAGCCCGCUUUCCAAAUUAUACUGGCGUGGAUCACGUCGUCAUUUCCCCGGCCGCUGGCGAAGAGGGCCGUGGUGGUGGCUGCGACGGGCAUGUUUGGCAAUUUGUCGUCAACGUAUGGGUCGUACAUGUACCCGGCGACGGAUGGGCCCAAGUACGUCCCAGCUGGAAUUGGAUUGGCAUGUGUUUGUUGUUUUUGUGGGGGGAUGGCGGUGGUGAUUCGGGUGGCCGAAGUGGAUCAGCGCUCGAAGGCUCCCAUCGAGGCCAACUCUAAUACAGUUCCAUAA